GGAAGAGGGCGGGGCGGACCCUCCUCCUCCUCCUCCUGCUCCUGGCCGCUCUCCACCUGAGCUCCAGUCCACCUGUGGAUCCUCAUCCGUCAGCAGCACCAUGGGGGUCUCUGCUUCCAGUCUCCUGGAUGAUGCCACGUCCGCCACCAUCAGAGGCCAGGUGGAAGCUGAGCUCAGGGAGUUCAGUCCGUACUACAUGAAGCAGUUCACCGUGGCCCGGUUUGCUCAGGUGGAGGACGAACUGGAGCAGAACAAGGAGAAGAUCACACAGCUGCUGAAGCAGAAGGAGGCUCCAGAAGAAGGCAUGGUUCUCUAUGAAGAAGGUCUGCUUUACUUUGAUGAAAACAGGAAGUGGAGGGAGCGCUACGUCGUGGUGAGAGCCAACUACUGUCUGGAGUGUCAUGAAAGCCUGCAGUCUUUUGUGAAAGGAGUCCCUCCGAUUUACAAGCUGCUGCCUACAGGGGGCACUGUUUUGACCACAGAGGAGCGGUACAUGGAAAUGGUGGACAGCUGUUACCCUGACGACAACAGUGUAAAGGAGGAGUUUGCUCCUCCUCUGUCAGGGAUGCCGGGGCAGUUCCCGGUUUACCUCCGCCUGCCCUACAGGAGGGAUUCCUACUUCUGCUUCAGGCAGCAGGCCAAGCAGACGGCCUUCCUCUCCAUCCUAUCGGACUGCAUCAAGCACCAGAACCAAGACUUCCUGAAGAAGAAGACGUGUGAAGUCCAGGCCUUCCUGAAGGCCAUCCAGCUCUACCGACAGGACCGAGACAAAUACCAGGUGUGGGACAUGCUGAUCGGGAGCGACGUCAGGGUGAUGGCCAAUAUGGUGAUGGAGAAGCUGUUGCCGUCGCUGAGCAAAGACCUGCUGCCUCGCCUUAAAGCCAAGAAGACGGAGAAGAAGAAGGUCUGGUUCUCGACGAUUGAGGCGGCCUACUUCCUGGUCCAGGAGAGGCUGUUGGAGGGACUGUCGGCUCUGAAGGAGGAGUGCAGGACGUCGGCCCAGCAGCUGGAUGUUCUGAUGAGGUCCGACAUGGACCAGAUCCUUAACACCAGACGGCAGCUGGAGGAUAAGGUCCGAGCCAAGGUGUCGGAGCCUGCAGAGCAGCUGUGUUCCGAGUCCGUCCAACCCUUUCUAGGCUCUAUGCUGGAGGAGCUGAUGGAUCCCAUCAGCGCAGGUUUUCUGGAGGGGCAGCAGCUGAUUGAAACCAAAAUGGACCAGGUGUGCGAGGAUGUCCAGAGCGGAGUGGACAACGAGGCGCUGAAAAAGGCGCUGGCUGAGAUGGCCCGACCCAACCUGCUGAGCUGCUACCACCAGAUCAACAGUGUGCAGGACAGACUCCAGAACCUGCAGGAGAGGUUUGGGUUCUGCACCAGCACAGCCGUGAUCCACAGAGCUCAGAUUGACCUGCAGCAGCUGGUGGAGAACGCGGCAUACACCUUCGAGCUGAUGUUGAAGAAAGCCGUGGAGGAAAACCCGGAGACGGCUGGCACCGCUGUGGAGAAGGCCAAACACCGGGUUCUGAAGCAAUACGACUAUGACAGCAGCACGGUGAGGAAGAGGAUCUUCCAGGAUGCUCUGGUCUCCAUCACGCUGCCCUUCAUUAAGAAGAACUUGGCUGACUCCUGCAAAGCGGAGCUUCAGGGUCUGGAAUCCACCAUCUAUGCAGACUACUCCAGCUUCAUCCACAUCGAGAACGUUUAUGAAAACAUCCUCCUGCAAAUCUUAGACGAGGAGGUCUCUAAAGUGGUGAAGGAAGCCGCAGCCCUGAAGAAGCACAACCUCUCUGUGAGGAACAGCCGCUCCAGCCUGUCCUCCGUGUCCACACCAGGCAGCCCUGCCCAACUCCCCACCAGGUCCACCUCUCAGACUCCUCCCUCUCCUCUGAGCGUCAACGGUCUGCCCCUCAGUCCGGGCAAGGAGGCCGACCAGCCGCAGGAGAAGAUGGACCCAACCGAGGAUCAGACGAGAACCGCAGUCGGUCAGCAGGCAGAGGAACCGGUCCAAACAGUGAAGGUAGAAGAAAGCAGCAAAGAAGAGCUGAAGACAGACGUCCAGCCGGAGACAGCAGAGCCAGCGGAGAUCCAGGAAACAUCGGUUCUGGUCCAAGUAGAAGAACCUAAUUCAACAGCUGAACCAGAGACCCAGAAAACAGAAGGUUCUGCAGAAAACACUUCAGCAGAACCGUCAGCUGCUGCAGAAAGUCAAGCUUCAGAAGCACCAGUUCUGGAUGGAACCAACGAACCCAUGAAGCCUGCAGCUGAAGAAACCGGGUCUCAACCUGCAGCUGAAGAAACCGGGUCUCAACCUGCAGCUGCCAGCGAGGAAACAGACCCGAGCCAGAACCAGAACCCAGGAAUCCAGUUAGAGGCUCCCCCUGGUGGCGAGGGAGCAGAAGACUCCCUGCUGAGGCUGAAGGUGGAAGAGUCCCUCUCCGCCUCGGAUCCAAAUUCCAUGAACGUGUCCGUAGGGAGCGACUCGCCCCGUUCGGACCUGGAGUCAACCACCGGAACCCCAGAGACCUCCGAAAUUCUAGACGUGGUCGAAUCAGCUGGGAGCCCAGAAGAACCAUCUGAGGACCAGACCUCGGCUGGAGAACCGUCCUCUGAGGUUCAGACGGAGGCAGCUGGAGCCGGAGCAACUGUGGAGAGUCCAGCAGAACCAAGCGACACCCCGUCCUCUCCGGAAGGUUCUGGAGUCCAGCCGCUGGAUUGCGUGAAGGAGAUCCGGAACCUGGUGGUGGAGGUGAUCGAGGUGGAGGAGCCACUGCAGCGUUAUCCCAAAGAGGAAUGACUGAUUGGGGGGGUUGGGGUCCACUGUGCCGGACCUCAGAGCAAAACCGUCUGAAACUUAUGCAUGAAAAUGUAACUUAUUUAUAGCAAUGAUGCCAUUUUAGCUGAAGGUGUUUUAUUGUUGGUUCUGUGAUGCUAAUCUGGUACCGAUGGAGAAGAACCCAGAUCCCCAUCUUUAGGUUCUGUUUAACUCACCAGAACUGCUGGGUUCUGGUCCCAGCUCCAUCCCGGUUUUAAAGUGGAAUCAGUAAAAUAUUCAGGUUCUGGUUCCUAAAGACAAAUCUGGCAGGCUGGUUUCAGCUGGUACCGUUCAGUCCAUAGAAACUGUGCUCCUGCUGGACCCUGGUACCGGCUCUGGUUUUGGGAGGAAAAGGUGUGAAUUGGUUCAGGUAUUUAGAUCAGGUUCUGCUGGUUAAAUUUCAUCAGCGGCAACUGGAGUUGCAUACUUUUACCAGAACAUUUAUUUUCAGGAUGUUUUUUAAUCUGAGCAAUCAGCUCAAAGAAACAAUCAUUUGGAUUAGAACCACUGCAUGCUCUCUGGCUGGGAGUUAUGUUUGUUUAUUAAUAAACUGGUUUUAAUGGUAACUUCAGGACCAGCUCGUACUGGUGCUGGGCCAGGUUUUUCACCAUCUGGACCAAUCAUCUUCUCUGUCUGCCUCCACUGAGCCUCAUGUGGCCUUUAGGCCUCGCCAUGGCACAGCCCUGCUUCUGCAGACUGUUGCUAUGGUGACAGGUCCAGGUUCUGGUCCUGCCCACCAAAGUGCCUGUAUUUCUGACUGGUGACUCCCCCGGUGACUGAUGGAGGAAGUUCUAAGUAAAGGAAGCUAAACUGGUUUCUGCUCUGGUUUUAAUCUCUGGACUAGUUUAAUUUCCCAGUAAAGAAAAGCUAACCGGUU